AGAGAGAGAGGAAAGAGAAGGAAAAAAGAGAUGGAGAGCAGAGAGGAAACAAGUGUUUGAGAAGAGAUGAACAGAAAGUCUUACUGAACAAGAGAGAGAAGUUUGAACACAAAAUAUUAGACGAUAUAGUGUUGUGCCAUAAACAGGUCAGUGGACUUACCAGGGGGAUUAUGUCCAAACCUUCGUCCAACGUUAAGGCCCUUCAGGCUAAUUUGAACAUCCCGAUGGGAGCUCUGCGUCCAGGGGCGGGACAUCCUGUCAAGAGGAGAGAGGAGACAGUAGAUACAGAAGAAGCUCAUUCACCAGACCAGACCAGUGCUGCCGCCCAGACGCCAGAGGAGAAGAAGGCGCUGCCGGGCGCCGUGAAACUGCCCGGUCCUGCCGUUAACCUAUCAGAGCUGCAGAACGUCAAGAACGAACUACGAUGGGUCACCAAGGAUUAACAUGAUCCGCAGCCAGGCGGAGAGGAAGGCAGAUAAUCUUCAUAGACACAGACUUGCCCACUGCCACCGAAAACUGAGCAAACCGCAAAGUAAUCCCAACAUGCUUCGGAAAGGAAACAAUAACAGCUUUCUGUGAAGCCGACUUCUGCAGUAAAUGUUCAGCGUUUAACCAAAACCACCAAGAAAGAGGCAACAAUAGGUUAAAGCACUGCAAAUAUCUAUAUUUAUCUUUCCAUGUCCGAUUAUUUUGUCACUUAAUCCAAAGUGAAAUCAUAAUUGUCCAAAAAGUGAAGUAUUGUCGAGAUAAAAGAUUCUGGCUCAUUUCUGCUGCAGAUAAAACUUUUCUUGGUGUGAUUUGUAUUGCAGUAACGUCGUAUUACUUGCUUUUUUUGGACUACUUUUUAAGUCCUCUGUGGUGGGUAAAUAAAGACAUUUGUUGUCAUACAUUUAAGGAAUCCACUUGACAAAAAACACAAAACUGUGAUUCCCCUUCUGACUCCGUGAUGAUAUAUACACCACUGAUUUAUACUGAAACUUUCUAUUAAAUUAUUCAUUUCUAAAUGUUGUAACAAUAUGCAAUGAUGCGAUGGGACUGAAGUUCAACAGUACUACUUUUUUUGGGAGGGGGAUUAUGAUGUUUUUCUUGUUUUAUUGUAAUGAUUCCCAGAUUCUUUUAUCUUCAGGAAAAUGUUGCAAUAAAUCAAGAUGGUUCUAAAAA